AUGGGGAAAAUAGCAUUUUCCAAAUUGAUAAAAGGAAUGCGGCAGGAGUUUUCAAAUGCCAAACAAAUGUAUCGUCUAGGCGGCAUGCCAUACACUCUGAAUGCAUGGAUAUAUGAAUGUGCAUCUCAAGUGCCCUCUGAAAUUGCUGUAAGAGUGGGUAAUAAAAUUCUCAGAAUUCUUAAUUGGCGUGUUGUUGCCGUGAAGCCAAAAUUUGAGACCUUCAUGUCUACCAUAUUCAGUGAGUUUCUCAUUCAACAAAAACCUGAAGCUUCAACAUCAACUACCAAGGUCAAUUUCAGAAAACCUCAUGAAGUCCCCGAAGUUGAGGACUUUUCAACAACACCACCCACAGAAUUAUUAAAAAGAUCCAGUCAUGUCGCUGAUACAUCUUCUCCACCUCCUUCCAAAAGAAUGAAGACUUCCCCUAUUAAAGAGCCAAUUCAAGUAGAAACAGCCAACAUGCAUAAGGAUUUCAUACCACCAAAUGAAUCAGAAAAACCUGUUUCUUCUGAUAAUGUACCAGCAGCGAAGUCAGCGAUAGGAGGUGAAUCUUUCAGUCAUUCGGAUCAAAUUAUGCAUAUGCAAUUCAAAGCAUUGAAGAAGUCCAUAAUGAAGUCUCUAAAGAGAUACGUUGACCGGAAGUUCAAGUGUUUGGAGAAUAAAAUUAAUUCAAAUCAUAUUGAUCUUUUGAAAGCCAUCGACAGUAUGGCGAACCGAAUGACUGGCACAUCAUCUCAACUUAAAACAGAUGAUUUUGAUCAAACAUUCCAUGUGGUUGAACAACAACAAGCACCUACUGGAUUGGAGGUGCACAAUUUUGCAAAUAAAUUUGACCCACCCCAACAAAAUGAUCAAUCUAAUAUCCAGGAAGAUAUUAAGGUGGACAAUAUAUUAGAACAAAACAUUUCAUCAGAUGUUCCAGAAUUAUUUGAUCAGCAGGUUUCUUCUGAUACAUUAAAGGAAGAUGAACCAUCCGUCAAGAUACAAAAGGUGGAUGAUGUAUCAGAACAUAACAUUGUAGCAGAUGAUGAACCGAAAACAUUAAUUUUUACACCACAAUUGAAGGAUGUAUCAGCACACCAAAUGGAACCACAAAGAGCAUAUACUGAUCAGCUUAUUCCUGAUUCUGAUACACUACAGGGUAAUAACACUGGAAAGAAAGAUGGAAGAGUAGCUGUUGAUAAAAUUGACAAAGUAGAAGAGCAAGUUGAGGAGAUUGAAAAAGAAAAAAUCAAACCAAGCACAUCGGAAUCCAAUACUUCAGCACCAUUUUCGACCGAAACUCUGGAUGUGAUAGAUACUCUAAUAUAUGGACUUUCAUUACCAGCCAUGCCAUUGACCGUUGUUAGUCAUGAGCAAGUAGUUCAGGAUGAAUGUCUAUUACGCGAUAGCCAGCUACCAACCACUCUUUCAUCAAAACCCAAUGUAUUGUCUGACAAUGCGAAGACACCAUUUCGCAGAAGCAGGAUUUCUUCGAAGAUCUUACAAUCGCCGUAUCUUUCAAACUUUAGGUCGAGUGAAAAGGGUGAGGAAAAAUUGUCAUCUGUUAUACAUCAGGCACACCCUUUUGAAGGUUUUGGUAUAUGCUAUCAUCCCCCAUCCGAGCUUUUCACAGACUACUUUCAAUGGAUAGAUAAAGAACUACUAAAAUCGCAUGGCAACAAGAAACCGAAGGAGGAUCAUUACAGAUCUAAGUGCUCUUCAUUCGGUUUUGAAAAAAUGGACUUUGUAGUGGCAUUUCCUGAAGAUAAGAACUGGAAUUUUUAUUGGGUUCUUGCGGUAGUUGUGUUGAAAAAGAGGUUGAUACGUGUGUAUGAUUCAUCUCCUAGACGAAGAAGUAGCAACCCCUCCCUAGAGAUUCAAAAGAUAACAGCAAUGCUACCAAUAUACCUGCAAGACAGUGGUUUCUUUGACAACAACAAACGUACUAAUUGGUCGUCUCUUGAUUCAUACAAGGACAAAUCAACCGGUAACAUGCUUGAACCACAUCACCCAUUUGCAGUUGAAUAUGAUUGUGGAGUUUUCCUGGCCAUUUUUGCUGAAUAUCUUAGUGAUGAAAUUUAUAUUCCAAAUACUGGACUAAACGCCGAAUUCUUCCGUUCAAGAUAUGCCGCACUCUUGUGGAGAUAUGAUUGUCAGAAGGCCAUGGAUGGUUAUGUUAGCGAUAACGACGAUCCAAAAAAACCUAGGAGAGAUAUCUCUCCAAGCCAAGGAGAACUGAUUGAUGUCCAAUAG